AUGGAUGGCAUACAGCUUCGCGAUGAAGCGGUUCGAGAUAGAGUUCGAGCCGCUACGGAGUUUCUCGAUCCCACAGAUGCUCGUGCCCGCAGCUAUCGAGCAGAUAUUGUUUUGAUGCUCAAUAGGGGCCUGCGCAGACUCGUCGUUAGCAUUGACGAUGUUCGCGCCCACAAUAGGGAGCUUGCAGAUGGCCUACUCUUCUCUCCUUUCGACCACGUGCAAGCAUUUGACCAGGCACUGAAAGAUGUCGUCAAGACCCUGCCCAAUCGCCCACCAAAGGAGACAUCAGAUGAGGCUGUCUACUAUUGCGCCUACUCCGGCAGCUUUGGCGAGAAUGCCUGCAAUCCACGCACUCUCGGAUCAAGCCUGCUCAAUCGCUUAGUCUCGUUGGAGGGAAUUGUCACCAAAUGUUCUUUAGUCCGACCGAAGGUGGUCAAAAGCGUGCACUGGAACGAAAAGAAACAGACGUUUCACUUCCGGGAAUAUCGAGACAACACCAUGACAGCUAAUGGCGCAGCUAGUACAAGUGUUUAUCCGCAGCAAGAUGAAGUGGGGAAUCCGCUUGUUACUGAAUAUGGAUACUGCACCUACCGGGAUCAUCAGACCAUUUCCAUCCAAGAAAUGCCGGAAAGAGCGCCCGCAGGUCAGCUUCCUAGAGGCGUAGACGUCCUCAUGGACGAUGACAUGGUUGAUCGUGUCAAACCUGGCGAUCGCAUACAGCUUGUUGGCAUAUUCCGCUCGCUAGGAAAUGCAGGGUCUGGCUCCUCGACGUUCCGGACUCUAAUACUCGCAAACAACGUUGUGCUACUCUCAUCCAAGUCUGGUGGCGGUAUAGCUCAGAGUACAAUCACGGACACCGAUGUCCGAAACAUCAACAAGCUUUCGAAGAAAAAAGAUAUUUUCAAACUGCUAUCUCAAUCGCUGGCACCGAGCAUCUAUGGACACGAUCACAUCAAACAAGCAAUCCUGCUUAUGCUUCUUGGUGGCAUGGAGAAGAAUCUCGACAAUGGCACCCAUCUGAGAGGGGACAUCAAUAUUCUAAUGGUUGGUGAUCCCUCAACCGCAAAAUCGCAGCUUUUACGGUUCGUUCUCAAUACUGCGCCUCUGGCGAUCGCAACGACUGGGCGUGGCUCAUCGGGUGUGGGUCUUACUGCAGCCGUAACUACUGAUAAGGAGACUGGCGAACGACGUCUGGAAGCAGGUGCAAUGGUUUUGGGCGAUAGAGGUGUCGUGUGUAUUGACGAGUUCGAUAAGAUGAGCGAUGUCGAUCGUGUAGCUAUUCACGAGGUCAUGGAACAGCAAACGGUCACCAUUGCGAAAGCCGGUAUCCAUACAUCUCUGAAUGCGCGAUGUAGUGUUGUGGCAGCCGCCAACCCUAUCUAUGGCCAAUACGACACCCAUAAAGACCCUCACAAAAACAUCGCGCUUCCAGACUCACUUCUCUCUCGUUUCGAUCUUCUCUUCGUCGUCACAGACGAUGUAGAAGAUGAGCGCGAUCGCCAUAUCUCCGAGCACGUGCUCCGAAUGCACAGAUACCGCCAACCAGGGACCGAAGAAGGCGCGCCUGUCCGUGAGCAAGCGUCUCAGAUGCUAGGUGUUGGGCUGGAAGAAGAUCAAGAUCUCCGUGGCCGCCCGACAGAAGUCUAUGAAAAAUUCAACGUCAUGCUUCAUGCUGGCUUGGCUCAUUCCAGACGAGGACGAAACGCGAAGCCCGAAGUCAUUAGCAUUCCUUUCAUAAAAAAGUACAUCCAGUACGCCAAGUCACGGAUAAAGCCUGUCCUUACGAAAGAGGCCGCCGAUUUGAUCGUCAAAGCUUACGCUGACCUGAGAAACGACGAUCUGGAAGGCAACAAGCGCCGCACUAGUCCCAUGACGGCGCGGACACUCGAGACGCUGAUUCGUCUCUCAACCGCUCACGCCAAAGCGAGACUGUCGAGCCGAGUUCAGGCAGAGGAUGCAGAGGCAGCUGAAGUCAUCCUCAAAUAUGCUCUCUUCAAAGAAGUCAUAGCUCCGGAAGACCGACGCAAAAAAAGACGAAAGGUAGAUAGUAGUGCACCGAAUGGCAGCUCGAGUAGCGAUGAAGGGGAAGGCAGUGGCGACAGCGAUGAUGACGAUGAUUCCGACAGCGGAUAUCGCGGGCCAUCUGGAAGGUCAGGAACAGUCUCCCGACCCAAAAGUCAGCGAUCUGCAAACAGAAACAACAGGAACAGCAAUUCAGCAAACGCUCUCAAUGGCAAUGUGAAUGGCAACGCGAACGGCGACGUCGAAGGCUAUGAGUCCGACGACCUCUAUGGGUCCUCUCCCAAGCGGCAACAAGCACGUCACGACCAUACCACUCAGACCACGAGUCAGUUGUCUCGCAUGUCAAUCGCAUCGUCUCUGCCCGCCUCGCAGCUACCGAGCACGCAGACUGAUUCUCAAGGACGGGAUUCCCAGAACCAGUCAGCGCUUACAGCAGCGGAAGGGGACGAUGAUGAGGAGGAGGAGGAGGUCGACGACGACGAAGCACAACAUCCGCCAAUAUCGCCUUCUCGACUGGCGGCAUUCCGUUCCACGCUUGGUCGCUUGAUGAACACGAGACUUUUUGCCAACGAUUCGGCGAACGUGGAUCCGUUGAUUGAAGCGGUGAAUAACAGCAUUACUGGAAGAAGUCAAGAGGUGUUUGGACGAGAGGAAGCGAUCAAGGCCUUGAGGGUUAUGAAUGAGGAGAACCAAAUCAUGUAA